CCGCUUCCGGGGUAGGUGGGUGGAUCGCCGGCAGGGUUGGCAUUUAAAGUGCCGCCGCCGCCGCCGCCGCCGCCGCCUUUUCCCCCGGGCUGAGUCCUUCUGGCUUCUCUCCUCUGUCCGUCUCUCUUUCCCUGCCGGGCUCUCCUCCUCCUCCGCCAUGUUCAGCUGGCUGGGCGGCGACGAGCGGCGGCGCAAGGACCCCGAGGUCUUCCAAACGGUCAGCGAGGGGCUGCGGAAGCUCUACCGGGCCAAGCUGCUGCCGCUGGAGGAGCACUACAGGUUCCACGAGUUCCACUCGCCCGCCCUGGAGGACGCCGACUUCGACAACAAGCCCAUGGUGCUCCUGGUCGGCCAGUACUCCACCGGCAAGACCACCUUCAUCCGGUACCUCCUGGAGCAGGAUUUUCCCGGGAUGCGGAUCGGACCCGAGCCCACCACGGACUCUUUCAUUGCCGUCAUGCAAGGCCAGGUGGAAGGGAUCAUCCCGGGCAACGCCCUAGUGGUCGAUCCCAAGAAGCCCUUUCGGAAGCUCAACGCCUUCGGGAACGCCUUCCUGAACAGAUUUGUGUGUGCCCAACUGCCCAACCCUGUCCUGGAAAGCAUAAGUGUGAUUGACACGCCGGGAAUCCUCUCCGGAGAAAAACAGCGGAUUAGCCGAGGCUACGACUUUGCGGCCGUCCUGGAGUGGUUCGCCGAGCGGGUGGACCGGAUCAUCCUGCUCUUCGACGCCCACAAGCUGGACAUCUCCGACGAGUUUUCCGAGGUCAUCAAAGCCCUGAAGAACCACGAGGACAAGAUGAGGGUAGUCCUCAACAAGGCCGACCAGAUCGAGACCCAGCAGCUGAUGAGGGUCUACGGGGCCCUGAUGUGGUCGCUGGGCAAGAUCGUCAACACCCCCGAGGUCAUCCGGGUCUACAUCGGCUCCUUCUGGUCCCACCCGCUGCUCAUCCCGGAUAACCGGAAGCUCUUCGAAGCCGAGGAGCAGGACCUCUUCCGGGACAUCCAGAGCUUGCCCCGGAACGCCGCCCUCCGGAAGCUCAACGACCUCAUCAAACGGGCCCGGCUGGCCAAGGUUCAAGCCUACAUCAUCAGCUCCCUGAAGAAAGAAAUGCCCUCCGUCUUUGGGAAAGAGAACAAAAAGAAAGAAUUGGUGAACAAUCUGGGCGAGAUUUACAGCCGGAUCGAGCGAGAGCAUCAAAUUUCGCCCGGCGAUUUCCCCAAUUUAAAGAAAAUGCAGGAGCAGCUCCAGGGUCAGGACUUCAGCAAGUUCCAACCUCUGAAGACCAAGCUGUUGGACGCCGUGGAGGACAUGUUGGCCAACGACAUUGCCCAGCUGAUGGUCCUGGUCCGCCAGGAGGAGGCCCAGCGGCCCGCCCAGAUGGUCAAAGGCGGCGCCUUUGAAGGGACGCUCCACGGCCCCUUCGGACACGGCUACGGCGAGGGCGCCGGCGAGGGCAUUGACGACGCCGACUGGGUGGUGGCCCGGGACAAGCCCAUGUACGACGAGAUCUUCUACACCUUGUCCCCCGUGGACGGGAAGCUCACCGGGGCCAACGCCAAGAAGGAGAUGGUGAGGUCCAAGCUUCCCAACACCGUGCUGGGAAAGAUCUGGAAGCUGUCCGACAUCGACAAGGACGGCAUGCUGGACGACGAAGAGUUUGCCUUGGCCAACCACCUCAUCAAGGUCAAGUUGGAAGGUCACGAGCUUCCCGGCGAGCUGCCGGCUCAUCUGAUCCCGCCGUCCAAACGGAAGCUGACGGCGUGACCGGCCGGCCGUUGCAGGUGGGUGGGUGGGGGGGAAC